CAUUUUUGUUUUUCUGACAGGGUUUCUCAGUGUAGCUCUAGCUGUCCUGGAACUCAUUCUGUAGACCAGGCUGGCUUCAAACUCAGAUCCACUCAGCUGCUGGGAUUAACAGUGUGGUGUAUACUACUGCCAACACCCGGCUUUGAAUUACUUUUUAAGAAAUAAUAUGGGCUGGAAAGAUAGCUCAGUGGUUAAGAGCACUGGCUACUCUUCCAGAGUCCUGAGUUCAAUUCUCAGCAACCACAUGGUGGCUCACAACCAUGUGUAAUAGGAUCUGGUGUGUCUAAGACAGCUACAGUGUACUUACAUACAUAAAAUAAAUAAAAAUCUUUUAAAAAGAAAGAAAGAAUGGAUGAAUUUAUACUGCUAUACUAUCCUCAAGUGAAAAUCUUUGGUAAUGUAUAAUCAAUGUAUAAUAUUUGGCAUGUGUUAACAUGUCUUUAUUUUAUGAAUAAUAAAAGGGAAAUUUUUGAUAAAAUAAGAGUUUCCAUCCAUUCCACCUAGGUUGUACAUUGCUUAGUUCCCAGGGUGUCGCUUAAGCAAUGUAAAAAUGGUGGCUUCAUGAUAUAAAUACUUGGACACUACACUAGAGGAAGAAACUGGUGACUUAAAGGAAUCUAAACCAGGCUUGUUGCUCACUCCUGUAAUCCCAGCAUUGGAAGAUUGAGGGAGGCCAGAGGACUGUUUAAGUUCAGGGCCUGUCUGGGUUGCAAGACAUGGUGGAAUGAAGAGUAGAACCCUGUAGAGGGAGGGAAGAAGAGAAAUGCCUGUAGGAUAGUUACACUUCUAGAAAACGCAAUUGAAUUUAAGAACCCUACUCCGGAUACUUCACAGUUUAAGACUGAAUAGUAUAGUGGGGCUUUUAACUGAAGAGAUUUUGCUGACUGUUCAGAAUGAACAAAACUAUUUCAUAUGGGUCUUUGAAUCAACUAGUACUCGGGGAUGAAUGGAAGCAGGGUCCAUGCGUGGGAUCCAGAAUGCCUUGCCUUUCCUCUGCAUGACUUAGUUUGGUUCAAAAGUACUGCUUACUACGUGUGGGUGACUUAUCUGAAGUGUAAGACUUCAGUUCUAGAUAAUACCGUUCUUCUUUUCUCCUAAGAUGCUUUCCAAGUUGUUGACGAUGGAGUAUUUGGUUCAUCCUGGUACACUCAGCUUGGCUGCUGGAGUUGCUUGUGGCAUGUGCCUGGGCUGGGGCCUCCGGAGCCGCCUUGGAAUCUUCCCCCAGAACUCAACAAGCGAGACAAACCGAGGCACAGAGACGGGAACCGAAGCAAGCAUCUUGGGAGAGAGUGGGGAAUACAAAAUGAUUCUUGUGGUUCGAACUGACUUAAAGAUGGGGAAAGGAAAGGUUGCUGCCCAGUGUUCCCAUGCUGCGGUCUCUGCCUACAAGCAGACUCAAAGGAGAAACCCUCAGGUGCUCAAAGAGUGGGAAUACUGUGGCCAGCCCAAAGUGGUGGUCAAAGCUCCAGAUGAAGAUUCCCUCAUUCAAUUACUCACCCAUGCAAAAGCCUUGGGAUUGACUGUAAGUUUAAUCCAAGAUGCCGGACGUACUCAGAUUGAACCAGGCUCUCGAACUGUCCUGGGAAUUGGGCCAGGACCAGUAGAACUAAUUGAUGAAGUUACUGGCCACCUAAAACUUUACUAGAUAAGCUUUUGCUUGAUGGUGAUUCUGUCCAAAGACUAUGGAGCCUCUCAGUAACAAUAAAUGCGUAAUUCUUAUCCCCACUUUAAAAUCUGUUCCCAUGUUUCUCUGUCAUAUACUGGACCAUUAAUAUCUUGAGCUUAAAAUACUAUUGAAGGCUGAAGAGAUGGCUCAGUGGUUAAAAGCACUGACUGCUCUUCCAGAGGUCCUGAGUUCAAAUCCCAGCAACCACAUGAUGGCUUAAAAUCAUCUAUAAUGGGAUCUGAUGCCCUCUUCUGGUGUGUCUGACACCAGCUACUGUGUACUCAUAUAAUAAAUAAAUAAAUCUUUAUAAAAAAAUUUUAGAAAAAAAUACUAUUGAAGUGGUAGAGAAAUGCCUCAGUGAUUAAGAACACUUGUUCUUCUUGCAAAGGAUGGUGCAGGUUCAGUUUCCAGUAUCCGGAUGUCAGUUUACAACCAUCCAGAUCCAGUUCCAGGAAAUCCAAAACCCUCUCAAACUCAAUCACCAAGCAUACACAGCAUCCAUAAACAUGCAGGCAAGCCCUCAUAAAUGCAAAGAAUACAAAGUAAGUCUCAAGACUAACUAUGCAUUCUCUAGAUGCUCCUGCAGAGUGAUCGGGUCUAAAACAGACUGGAAGCGAGACAGGGUUCAUGAUACUGCUGGGCGAAAGGAAGCUACACUUCCCAUGUACAGUUAUUGCAAUUUUUUCUGCUGCUUUUAGAAUGACCGAUAACCUCUUUUGAUUAUUAACAGACCAUUGCCUGGACCCACUGUGCAAUUCUGAUUGCAACUUUAACUAGCUGUUUUUUAGGUGGCCUCAUACCAGGCUAAUCUUGAACUUGUGGUAUUUCUCCUGCCUUGACGGGAUUGAAAGAAUGAGCCAUCAUACCCAGCUACUCUCGAAAUUCAUUUCUACUGAAUAGUUGAAAUUUUAGGAUCUUGUGGCAUUUUGAUGCUUAUUUCUCCUGAUCCACUUGGGCCAAGAUACUUCACAGUGAUUCUAAUUCAUAAACUAUGAAAAUUCCUGUACUUAAACAGUGAAACCAAUGAGUUUGUGAAGUGAACUUUGAGAAUUUAGGGGAACUAAGGGACUGAAGUUGUGUCCAAUCAGUUUCUCCUGGGAAUUUUAUUAUUUAAGGGCACUUUUUCUCACUGUAUCCCUGAGCCUGGAACUCACUAUGGAGCAGGCUGAUCUAAACUCAGAGGCGCUCUUACCUCUGCCUCCCAGUGCUGGGAUUAAAAACACGCACUGGCAUGCCUGCCUACAUAAAGCUUUCUUGACAGUCUUGUUAGAAUUCAUUUUUCUUGAUAGUUCUAGAAGGUUGACAGUGAUUUGUAAGUUCAUUAUAUCCUUUAUAACUAUAAUGAUGUUAAGGAGAAUAAGACCAUAAGUGGGAACUAGGUAGAAUGAUGAAGACAGCUGUAGGCAGUCACCAAGUUAAAGUGCUUGGUGCAUUUUUAUCAUACAGAAGCAUGAAUGGUACAGGAGCAAUCACAACACUGAGUGAUGCCACAGUAGCAACAGUUUCUAGACAGAAUGUUUAUACAGGAGUCAAGUGAUGCAACCACAAGUAACUGAGGUGAACUCAACCUUAAUACGUGGUUAGGACUCAGGUAAUUUAUGAGGCUUGCUGCAGACAAAUGCUCCCACACUAAAAGACUAGAUUCCCAGCAGGAUGCCGGGGGUGGCUGAUUCAAGGACCUGUAAUAAGCUCGGGCUUACCUAGAAGGACACAAUAAAAAUUGCUAAUUCUGGUGACAAGUCACGGUAUUUUUCUGGUUCACCUAUUCUUGUUAUAUACUUUGUAGGACUUACCGAGUAGCUCUCAAAGCAUACUCGCUACAUAACUGUUUUCAUUAGCUUGAAUGAAAGGCAUUUUCUCUGGUGUGUUCCUACUGAUGAUCUACAUGAACAAGCGACCAUCAUAGCCUUCACAGCCCCACAUUCACAGUCAAGUUUCACUUGUCCUGAUGAAGCAAUUAAAGAGCAAUAUUUUUCUUUCCUAGCAUAUGUAGGGGAGGGGCUUUGGGAACUGAAAGCUGGGCAGUAGAAAGUUUUUUUCAGGGAAGUCCUCAUUGGUAGGUGGCCCACACUCCUGUAGAUGGCCCAACAUGCUUUCAUACAAUGUCAGCAUUGAUUGAACUCAGUGCACUGUUAUGAAAAAGUGAUUAACCUGAGAGGGAGAUGAGGGUUGGGGUGCUAGGGUCAGUACAUUGUAUACUUGUAUGAAAUUCUCAGCAAAUAAAAAAAUGACUAAAAACAUUUUUUACCCAUGA